AUGAUGAUGGUAGCGCGGGUUGCAACGGCCGAGCAUGUCGGCUCGGCGGGCGCAUCGCUGCCACAAACUCCCGGGUCGCGAUCUUUCGCAUUGGGUGCUCAUCCUGGCCCGCAAAAGCGGAUUGGAGGGCCAGCACAGGGGCAGACAGCUUUUAUAACACCGCUUGUUACGCCCGACGGGAUAUACAGCAGGCCAAGCAGUCCGUAUAUGCAGGCCUCACCCUUGCUCAAGGGCUCCGAAAGUGGCGGGAGUGCAGGCAGUCCGCAGUCACCCGAUGCGCCGAGCAGCGCCAGUGGCGCGAGCGUUGGGAAUGCGAUCGGAAGCGGAUACACGGGCAAUGUGUCGGUGGCGAUCAGAAUUAAGCCGUCGGAGUCUUCCACGAAGGAUCCGUGGUACGCAUCGAACGAUCGGUUAAUACACACCGAGUUUGGGGAGUUUCAGUUCGACCAUGUAUUUACGAAGGGGGUGUGCAACCAGGAGGUAUAUCAAGCCCUUGGGGUCCCAAUAAUCGACAAGUUGUUUGAGGGGUAUAACGCCACGAUAUUUGCAUACGGUAUGACAGGCUCUGGAAAAACGUUCACCAUGAGUGGGAAUAAACAAGAACCAGGCUUAAUUCCCCAAUGUGUUGGAAAUAUUUUUGAUCGGAUUUCCUCCGAACAUCACGGCGCGAGCCUCGCAUACGAGGUCAAGGUAUCGUACUUGGAAAUCUACAACGAGAAGAUCUACGAUUUGUUAAACUACGUCGACCGGCAGGCUGGAAGUACCGGACAACCUAGCAGAAAUGCCACCGGACUCAAAAUACGCGACGAUUCGAAAUAUGGCGUGAAGGUCGUCGAUCUUACCGAGCAGUUGGUUUCUAGCCACGAGGACGUGAUGAAGUGGAUUGCGACAGGCGACAGAAAUCGGAAGACGGGCGAAACCGACUUCAACACCCGAUCCUCGCGUUCCCAUGCAAUUGUGUUGCUUCGGUUGACCCGAUAUGACCUCAAAACCGGGUCCGAAGCCACCAGCACCUUGUCGCUAUGUGACUUAGCCGGCUCAGAGAGAGCAGUGACACAGAUAGUACGCCGGAAGGAGGGUGCGUUCAUCAACAAGUCAUUGCUAGCGCUUGGAACGGUCAUAGCCAAACUUAGCAUGUUGGGAAGCCAGGCCAAUGGCCUGCAGCCGUCUCCCGCAGCCGGCCACAUACCGUACCGUGACUCAAAGUUGACCCGCAUCCUUCAGCCAGCAUUGACAGGAGACAGUAUCAUUACGACCAUCUGCACCAUCGAUUCGAAAGCCGAGUCCUCAACCGAAACGACCAAUACCGUCCGCUUCGCGUCUCGCGCCAAGAAUAUCGCCCUCAACGUGCGCAAGAAUGAAAUGGACUCGCACGCCGAGAAAGACACCAUCAUCCAGAACUUGCGCAAGCAGCUUGACGAGCAGCACGAGACCAUUGUGAUGCUCCGGCGCAGUGCUGCAGCGCCUAGCGGCAACGGCUCGACCAGCCCGCUGGACAGCCCUGGCGUCGGCGGCACCAGCUUGAGCGAGCGCACGCACAACAUGGAGAAGGGCUUGCUAGAGGUAGAAAACAGCAUCCUCAAGACGAAGCUCGAGCAUUGCGAAAAGCUUCUCGACAAGGACAUGAUGGUCCUCGAGGACCCGCAUGUCCGCGAGAUCGUCGAAAUGCUCCCCUUGGACAUCGCCUCCGUCCUCGAGAGCAAGGUUCAGGGCAUGGAGUCCCAGCUGCGCCAGUACCGUGUUUACGUCCAGAAACUAGAGUCCGACCUCCUCAAGGCCCAGCGAAACAUCAUUACCACCCACAGUGUGCAGUUCAACCGCCAGAGCACCGCCAACGUCCAGGAGAAGUACGGCAGUGACGUCGACAUCGAAUUGCUUCUCGAGGAGCAGGAAGCGGAGCUCAUGGAGUUGCGGAACGCUUUGAAGCGCAAGGACAAGAUGAUCGAAGCCUUGCAGAGCGCCCGCCGCCUCCGCGACAGCGCUCUCAGUCCAACCACCACCGUCCUGCUCCAGCGCAAGGAGUCAGUUAUCGACCCACGUGACCCACAGCCCGUAUAG